CCCCCGCGCCGCGUUCGUCCCGCCGGCGCGCGCGCGCGCGGACGAAGCGAUGAAUCCCUUCGCGAAGAAGCCAACGCCGCGAGAGGCGAUCAGGAACAGCAAGCGGGAGCUGACGAACGCGACAAGAGGUAUUGAGAGGGACAUUGGGACAUUACAACAAGAGGAAAAGCGACUAGUUGCUGAAAUCAAAAGGACUGCAAAAACUGGCAAUGAGGCCGCAACUAAAAUUCUGGCCCGUCAACUGAUCAGGUUAAGACAGAAAAUAUCUACUUUACAAGGUAGCCGAGCUCAGAUUCGUGGCAUCGCGACACACACACAGGCGAUGCAGGCCAACACUUCAGUGUCUGCUGGCAUGCAAAGUGCGAGCAAAGCGAUGGGAGCUAUGAACAAGCAAAUGGAUCCCGCCAAGCAAAUGAAGGUAAUGCAGGAGUUCCAAAAGCAGUCAGCACAAAUGGAUAUGACGAACGAGAUGAUGUCUGACUCAAUAGACAAUGUCUUAGAUGAUGACCAGGCUGAGGACGAAACUGAAGAGCUUGCUAACCAGGUCCUCGAUGAGAUUGGUAUUGACGUUGCCUCACAGUUGUCCUCGGCCCCCAAAGGAAGAAUUGCUGGAAAGAAGGUUGAGGCUGAUGAGAGCUCGGAACUCGAAGAGCUCGAGAAGAGGCUGGCUGCUUUGAAAAAUCCAUAAAGCGACUCGUCUUUGCAACCCUCUCUCCACGCAGAGUGCCUAGGCUUCAAAUUCUUGUUGGGGACCUGAAAGACAUUUUGCAUUUGUGAAUAUUAGAUGUAGGGUGGUUUACUAGGAAGUGAGAAUGCCAGAGUUCUCUCUCAAAAGGAGUCCUGUAAAAAGUAUGAUUGCUUGGCUAUUACUGUAGUCUGCAGUUAUCCUAGCAGGCUGAAGUUGAUGAGUUUAUGCUUCAAUGGAGUGAUUCGUUCGGGUAGUUACAGUGCUUAUGGUUGUGUAAAAACUUGAGAUAGUUCAUAUAGUAUCUCUUUGCUCGUAAGUUUAA